AACCAUGGCCAAGGCGGCGGCGGCCUCAGCGCUGGAGGACUUGGAUCUGAGCGGAGAGGAGGUGCAGCGGCUCACCUCCGCCUUUCAGGACCCAGAGUUCCGCCGAAUGUUCUCCGAGUACGCCUCGGAGAUCACGGACCCUGAGAACCGGAGGCGCUACGAGGAGGAGAUCACAGCGCUGGAGCGGGAGCGCGGGGUGGAGGUGCGGUUCGUGCACCCAGAGCCGGGCCACGUGCUGCGUACCAGCCUGGACGGGGAGCACCGCUGCUUCGUGAACGUGUGCAGCAACUCGCUGGUAGGCUCGCCCAGCAGCCGGCCGAGCGCGGGGCGCGGCGACGCGGCGGCCGGCAGCCACUGGUCCCUGCCCUACAGCCUGGCGCCGGGCCGCAAGUACGUGGGGCGCAGCGGCUCCCGCUACACCGUCUACGACGUGGUCUUCCACCCCGACGCGCUAGCGCUGGCCCGGAGCCACGAGCGAUUCCGCGAAAUGCUGGACGCCACGGCCCUGGAGGCGGUGGAGCAGCAGUUCGGCGUCAGGCUGGACCGCAGGAACGCCAAGAUCCUCAAGAUCAAGUACAAGGGGGUGCCCGAGGCCGCGGUGCUGCGCACUCCCCUUCCCGGGGGCGUCCCUGCCCGGCCCGAGGGGGAGCCGCCCGGGCUUUUCCCGGACCUGCCAUACCCGUACCCCUACCCGGCGGCGGCGGAGAGCACGGCUCGCACGCCGGCGCCCCGGGCUGCCCAGGCCGAGCAGCGUCCGGAGCCCCCCGAGCCCACCGAGCCCCGCUGCACCGUGGUGCAGCGCCACCACGUGGACCUCCAGGAUUACCGCUGCUCGCGCGACGCCGCCCCGAGCCCCGUGCCGCACGAGCUGGUGGUCACCAUCGAGCUGCCGCUGCUGCGCUCGGCCGACAAGGCGGAACUGGAGGUGAAGGGGAAGCUGCUGUGCCUGGACUCCAGGAGCCCCGACUACCGGCUGCGGCUCUCGCUGCCCUACCCGGUGGAAGACGGCCGCGGCAAGGCGCAGUUCAACAAGGCGCGGCGACAGCUGGUGGUCACGCUGCCCGUGGCGCUGUCGCUCGCGCGCCGGGACCUGGCGGCGGCGCCGGAAGAGUCCCCGGCCGAGACCGGAACUGACGUCUCACCCUGCGCUUCCCAGGGCGAGCUGGCUGCGGUGCGGGAAGAGACGGCGGAGGCGACCCGAGCCGACCUCGGGGACGCGAGCGGAGUGGGAGUCCCAGGCUUCGGGGCUGCGGACGCUGAAGGGGAGCUCGUCCCCCAGCCGCAGCGAGACUUCGGUGGGGGCUCGGGGGCGUCUCUAGGCCUCGGGGAAGAGCCGCCUCCCGGGGACCGAAGCCUCCCUUGCCCUGCGUGCCCCGGCUGCGACACCGAGUCCCCUGCGGGAAGACCGGGACUGUGCGGAGGAGACCUCAGUGCCCAGACGAGUGAGGAGCAGGAGGGGACCACCCGCCACGACGCCUCGGGCUCAGCCAUGGGUGGCCCCGGGGCCGAGAGCAUCGAACCAGUGUGCCCUCCUUUGCGGUGCUAUCAGGACGAAGACUCCUUGACUUUGCUCGUUCAAGUGCCUGGGAUUCAGCCGCAAAGUCUUCACGGGGACCUGAGCCCCCUCCGUUACAAAGUGCGCUUCUCCACACAAGACUCGGGUUACUCCUUCACUUUGCAGUUUGCUCCGGAGAAUCAGUUGAGUACCAAAGAACCCGAGGUUAGCAUGUCUCUCAACAAUGCGGUGAUAGUGCUGGCAAAAUCUCCAGAGAGCCGUGGACGUUGGCGAGAAUGGUAUUGUGGCUUGGACAGUGAGUCUUUGGAGGAAAGAUUGUUUCUUGAUGAGGAAAAUGUCAAUGAGUUUCUUGAAGAGGUCCUGCACUCCCCAUUGACACAGGCAAGGUCCCUAGCCCCACCGUUGAUUGAAGUUGUUCAGAUUACUGAUGAGAAUAUUCAGAUUCAUGCAAAGUUGCAAGAAUGUAGUGAUCCUGAUGGGCUUCAAGAGAAGGAAAAUGGAGUCAGUGAAAGAUGUCCUCCAAGUGAAAAAGGAAACACAGAGCAUUUUUCCACCUCUAUAUUGGAUUCUGAUUCAUCUGUAGCAGCUGAUGCAUUAAAAACAAAGACUUGUGGCUCAGCUGUGGGCCUUCAACACAUCUGUCCUGAUGUUCCUCACAUGCUGUCCGGAGAAGCUCAGCAGCCGGAGGCAAAAAUGGCUCCUGAGUUUAUAAAAGAAAACAGUGCUACCUACUCAGCCGAAGAGAAGGAAAAUAAAAAAGAGCCAGUCGUAACUAAGGAAAAAGAAUUAGAUGGAGAUUACCUGUCUCCAUCACUGAACAAAACUGGAGUUCAAAACGUACUUGAUUUUGACAGCAUAGAAGAAACCAAUAUGCAGGAUGGUAGUGUACAGAUCAUUAAGGACCACACUACUCACUGUGAAUUCAGUUUUCAGAACUCUUUGCUAUAUGAUUUGGAUUAAUUGUAUAUAAUUUUGAAAUUUAAAUGUUGAGUAAAAAAA